CGAAGGGUCAUGGGUACGUGUUGCGACAUCAAAAUACAGCUCUUUACUGGUGGGAGUCGUCAAACAGCAGAAUCUACUUAACUUUAGCAAACAGGUGUGUCUGUCGAGCUAAUACUAUUCAGUACCUGAAAUAAAAGACAGAUAAGACGACGGCUAGUUGAGCUGUUCACAGAUACUUGACCCGCUAAGAGGGCAUGGAGAAGGCCAAACAAGAUGCAUUUGAUAAUGCCAGACUCCAAGUGAUCAAAGAUGGCUAUGAAAGAGGGUUUGAGUGCAUCAAUAAAGGACUGUCAGCAGAUGAAGCUGGGGAAAAGUCUGAGGCUCUGGAGUUCUACAAGCGAGGCCGACAGCAUCUCCUCAGGGGCAUCAGCGUGCCUUCUGGGGGCGAGGAGUGCGUUGGCAGCUCCUGGGAAUCGGCCCGGCGAAUGCAGCAGAAGAUGCAGGAGACGCUGAACAACAUCACCACACGCCUUGCCAUGCUGGAGACCAGUUCUGACCUCGAGUCUGCACCCACGCAGAGUGCUAGUGGUGGUGCACACGUGUCUUCUGGAGGUCUCUAUCCAAAGCUCGACACCAAAGCAAAGCCAGAAAGACCAGCCCCGCCAUGCCUCGCCACAGGAGCUGCAAGAGGCGAAGCUGCGAGCCAUACUGCGGUGGUUCCAGCUGAGCGACCCCCAGCUUACUCUCCUCAGGCUGCUGAUGGCCAUGUCUCCAUCUCUUAUGGCACAGAAUCAGGAGAGAUGUCAGUGGUCGGGGAUGAUUUCUAUAGUCGUACGUCUACUUCCUCCUCAUCUGCCCAGAGUGUGGGUGAGGACGGAGAAGAGCUGCUUUACAUCCCUAGUGGUGUUCAGAUAUUCUUUGUCACACCCGAGGGGCAAGUAAGCGCCCCAUCAUACCCCGGCUACCUGCGGCUGGUGAAGUUCACCAGUGAUCCCUCGGACAGGAUGCCCAGUCGACCACCAGCAUUUCUGCAGGUGUGUGACUGGCUCUACCCUCUCAUGUCUGUGAACUCUCCAGUGCUGGAGUGCAACACCGGAGUUUUUAUGUUUCCGGACAUGAUGGCGCCGGCACCGGGUUACUACGUCGGGGUCGUGUUGUCGUCCGAGCUCCCUGCAGCAGACCGAGCCUUGUUUAAGAACCUGCUCUCUCAGAUGACAGACCUCAGGGUUCAGGCCCCAGAUGAAGCUGCAGACUCUGUUAAUCUCAGUCAGAAGGUAUCCAUUGCUGCACCUGAGGAGAGGGAGAGACCACCUGCAGCUGAUGAGGCGGCGUCUGCAGAAACCGAGGAGGAGAAAUCUUUGCCUGAGUGGAGUGAAAAAGUGGCGAGUGGGAUCUUAACUGGUGCUUCCUGGUUAAGCUGGGGUUUGGUCAAAGGGGCUGAGUACACAGGCAAGGCUAUUCAGAAAGGGGCGUCUAAGCUCAGGGAACACAUCACUCCAGAGGACAAGCCCACCGAUGUGAGCCCCACCGUGACCAAAAGCCUCUACGUGGCCAAGCAAGCAACAGGAGGCGCUGUUAAAGUCAGCCAGUUUCUAGUGGACGGUGUGUGUACUGUGGCUAACUGUGUUGGUCGAGAGUUGGCUCCUCAUGUGAAAAAACACGGAGGCAAACUGAUCCCUGAGUCCAUGAAGAAGGACAAAGACGGGCGCUCAAACAUGGACGGAGCGAUGGUGGUGGCUGCCAGUGGAGUGCAAGGAUUUGCAACUGUUUGGAAUGGUUUGGAAGCAGCUGCUAAGGACAUCACCACAAAUGUUGCAGCAGAAACAGUCACCACCAUAAAACAUAAGUACGGCACAGCGGCGGGACAAGCCACGGACAACGCUGUAAAUUCUGCCAUUAAUGUCGGUAUUACUGCCUUCAACAUUGACAACCUGGGGAUCAAAGCUGUGGUUAAAAGAACUGGGAAGCAAACGGCACAGGCUAUUUUGGAAGACUACAAGCUUCAGGACAAACCACCAAACGGGAAGGAAGUGGAGAAACUCACCAAAUAGCUGUUGAUAUCCUGCCUCGUUUUCUCAACAAUGCCUUAAAACUUAUUUACUAAUCAGAAAGGUCUAUAUUUAAUACUCAUUAUUUAUAAGAACAUGCUCUAUAUUUGCUAGGUAGCUACUGUGAUGUGCAUACUCCGCACAUUGGUAAAGCUCUCAAGCACUUUAAACAUACAGCGGCUGGAUCAACAUCCAGAAAGUGGAAACCAAAACUUGAAGCACAUUGAUAUGCUCUCCAUAUUUAAAUUAAGGGCAAUAUUUUACAAAUGGGGUAAAUAUUUAAAAACCUUGAAUAUUUUUGUCCUAUCAGAUUAAAUUGGUCUAUAAGAAAAAUGUAUCGUUUAAUUUUGAUGAUCACAUAUAAUGGUUUUGUCAGUGAAGUUUAACAAUUUAUCUCUUAGUGUGCUUAUAAACAAUGUUAAGUCUAACAUGUUGGAUAAAUUGAAACUUUAAUGUU